AUGGCUCAGCGCCAGCUGUCGCGGACGCUGCCCAAGAACUUCACCUUCCCGUCGCUCAGUACCGAUGAGCCCAGAACCCCCGAACGCGAGUCAACCCAUAUCGAAAUUCCACCUCCUCCUCGCCAUUCCUUCUCCAGCUGCCGUUUGCCUCGCGUGCGUGUCCGCUCGGGCACCGAUGUAUGUGAGCGAAUCAACCUGGAUCUCUUUCGGUUCCAGGGCUCGCAGACAUCUCAGGAUUUCCCCGUGCCCUCCAUCGAAUUCCCCCAGUGGAACGCGACCUUUGACGCGACCUGGUCCGCUGAGCCCGUCAAUGAUGAUCGCUUCCUAGCGCCUCCUCGGCAGCGCAUGGCGUUCAAGACCCCCCCGGCCCAGAUCCACGGUGCGCAAUCCGAUUCCUGCGACCCAGGAUACCCGUGGCCCUCGUGGGAUCAGACUCCGGGCCUGGCAAGCGGCAUUACGCGCCCGGAUUCUGCUUGUUCGAGCCACUCCGACUCCUCGAUUGAGUCGAUUGAGACGUUUGCGUCGCGCCCAUCCGUAGGAGGGAGCUGUACAAGUGCUGAGAGCGACAUCUUCGACCACCACUUCCCUCUGGAGUUCUCCAAGGAGUCCGAAAUGGAGUCUCCCACUCUGCCCACGAGACAGAAGGUGCAGCGGUCCCACGUCAAGGAUAAGUCCUGGACCCGCGAGAUGGACAACCACCUGUGGAACACAUAUCAGCUGUACCUGCAAGACCCGACCAUCACCCCCUUCAAGAUGACCCCGGGGAGCAUCCCGCCAUUGGGAGUAACUUCCCGAGUCGCGCGCCGUGCCAAGCGGACCUGGGAGAAGAAGCGCCUCCGCUUCACUCAGACCCUGCCGACCCAGUCGAAUGACCGCAGUGGCAGCUCCACCCCCAAGGCGUUCGACUCCCCGGCGCAGCCAUCGUGGCCCAAGUCGGACGCGAAGACCCGCGGCCGACUGAAGUUGCUGUGCCGCCGCAAAUUCUCCGUUUCGCCGCAUUAUCAGCGCAUGAUGAUGUCCCGCAGUCCGGAGCCCAUGGCGGACAUGCUCGGCGUCCCCUCUGAGCCGCAUGUUCGUGACUUUGCCGACAACUCCACCGCAUAUGCCACCCGCGACCUUGGCGUCUCUCUUGCUUCGACCUAUGACCCGACCCCGCUGGCCCAGCUUGCUGAGUUGCCGGGCCCCGAAGAGCCGACGAACGAAUGGUUCAACACCCCGAUUGUGCAGAGGGACUCCACCAUUCCCGUGGUGCCUGAACCCCCGAGCCAGCAUUUCCUCCAAGUGGAAUCGCACCACAUUCCCCCUCGCUUGGGUUCACCUUUCGUGUAUAGCACCUGGGGACCGGGAAGUUCCAACCGCCCCGCCCAGGAGAUUCCCAAGACGGCCCGGCGCGAAACAGUUCAUGUCCCCGGCCGUCGUUUGCGUCGGACCACGAACCUGGAGAGGACCCCGAGGGACGCCGACGAUGUCUUCUCGAGCGACGCGUACGGCGAGAAGGAAGGCGAGGACGAGCAAGUCCAUAACCGCUUGGAAAAUUACUUGCGCGAAAACAAGUUCCAAAGCAUUGGCAAAGGUCGGGUCCGCGUUCGUAACCGCGGUGCUACGACCACUGGCGCUGUUGGACCCAGAGAUGUCAACCAGCUCUUCUCGCCUCCUUCGUCUCUUAUCUCAUCCCAAGCGGAGGAGACCACUCCCCCUAUCACCAACCCUCCUGUCAACCACCUAUUGAACCUGGGCGGCGACAACAUCAAGCGACUGGGCUCCCCCUUCAAGGUGGAAUCUGCCUUCAAGCGCCGGGAUGGCCCAGGACGAUUUAUCCGACACGCCCCCUCGCUAUCGGACCCGUUCUCCAGCGGCGGUAUCCCACCCUACGCCGCACCAUCCUUCAACCCGUCUCCCUUGCAGGAGCAGGAGAAGCCCGCAGCCCCGAUGCUGCACGAUCCCUUCGAGGAGGGCCUGUCAGAUGCCGAGCGGAUUCGCCGGCAGAUCCUGAACAUACCUCUCACGCGCCAGUAG